AGUGCUGCAAACGCGACGUCACGUGGUCCGCUCUGAUUGGUGGUCGCGGUCCAUCGAGAGCUUUGCCACAGCAAAAGACUUGCACGGUCUCUCAGCGCUCUCAUUCCCUCUGCAGCUCCUCGUAGUCGUUCGUGAAAUCAUCACCCACUGAAAGAUGUCGGACGAGGGAAAGUUGUUCGUUGGCGGUUUGAACUUCAGCACGACCGAGGACACCUUGGCGUCGGCCUUCGGCAAAUAUGGAACCAUCGAAAAGGUGGAUGUGAUCAGAGACAAAGAGACUGGAAGGUCCCGUGGUUUUGGCUUCGUGAAAUAUGAAAAUAUGGAAGAUGCUAAGGAUGCGUUGGAGGCCAUGAACGGAAAGACUCUGGAUAACCGGUCUAUCCGUGUGGACGAAGCAGGAAAGGGCGGUCGCUCCAGGGGAGGAUACGGCUCCGGCGGACCACGAGGUGGUGGUGGAGGCCGUUUUGGGAAUUCCAGAGGUAGAGGUGGUUAUAAUGGAGACAGGGGAUAUGGUGGUGGCGACAGGGGUUACAGUGACCGAAACUUUGGAGGCGGAGACAGAAGCUGUGGCGGCGGCGGCGGUGGCGGCGGUGGCGGCUACAGAAGUGGCGGCUACUCUGGCAGCUACAGAGACAAUAGGGGGCAAGGUGGCUAUGGCGGCGACCGUAACAGCACAUACCGCGACGGAUACGACAACUAUGCUGAAAACAACUAAACAUCUCCCCGAUUCAAGAUCAUCACUUGGCUGGCUGUAUUUCAAAGAUGCGCUCCUCAAGGAAACCCGUCCAUGUUGUUAUUGCUGACCUUAGUUUUGUAGUUCUGUUGUAGUAACCAAGCAUCUUAAAACGAAUGUAGCCCUGAGUUUUGGUCAUUCCCCUACUUUUUUUAAGCAAAAAUGAAAUCGUGUUCAGAUACGGAAAUGGCAGUUGACAUUCUUGGCUUUGGUUGGGGGGCACCACAAAUCCUUCCCGACUCUCGUUAACUGUUUGGAGUAGGUCAAUUCCAUGAAGCCUCGAAUUUUGGGGUCCGACUGGGCAAGGCCGUGACUUUUUGUUUUUGCGCAGCCACACACAAAGCCCUUUAAUCCCCCCCCCCCCCCCCCCCCCCAGAACGCUUGCUGGUUUGGAGUCCUUUUUUUUUUUUUAUAUUGAUGCCGUUGAUGGGGCUCAUUUGUUCCCUUGAGGUUACCACCGACUGACCCUCCCUCUGAGGUUUCCACUCUGAGGACCGAGAUUCAUUUGCCCUGACAGAUUUAGGGGGGAGGGGAGGAGGAUACUGGGCCAAAUUUCCUUUUUACAAUUCAACUUAGGUUAGCUGGCGCCUCCUGUGUGUGCAAUUUCCCAAAAGCGUGAAUUCCUUUCAGACUGGUGAACUACAAAUCCGAAGUGGCCGGCUGUUCAUGAAGUUGCUAAUUGCAGCAUGCUACAGUCUGUCCAAGGUAUCUUCUGUGCUCAACAUUUGCAUUUCUUAAAAAUGUGCUGUAAAUUGGACUAAUCUUGUCAAGCGAUCAAAACAAAAAUGUAACUUCGUUUCCAAAAAGCAAAUUCACGAUCGGGAACAGAUUUGUACUUUGUUCUUUGUAUGGUCCCUUUUUUUUUUGUCAGUUCGGCUUCAUGGAGCCCAUUAAACAGAUUGUGGAAAAUAA